ACCUUCCGGAUACACCUCUUUGUGUUUAAUAUUCUUCUAGGCCUCGCAACUGGUCCUGUCCGUAGACUCCUUGUCGUUCCUCGACCCAGCCUAUUACCUCAAUUGACGUGGAUCUAGAGGACCCUAAACCAAUUUAGUAAUGGCAGACGGGCGCCUGAACGCCUCGCUAGACGAGCUAAUUGAGGCGCAAGGCUUUGGAAAGGCUCCGCGUCCUGGCGGUUCCAUGGGCAUUCCAAGCCAACGCAUGCAGCCUUACGGUGGUCGCAGCGAAGGCGGCCGGGGUCUGCCCCGUCAGGGCGGCGCCGCGCGAAUCAGCGAAACCCUGGACGACACAGCAACACCCCAAAACGCAAUCAAGGUUGGCGGAGCCCAGGACGCUAAAGACAUAGCGCACCGCAUUUGCGAGUCAUGUCGCGUGGGAGAACCCCCUGCCCUGCUGACUAUCGGAGGCCAGUCCAUCAACCAGGCUGUCAAGGCCAUCGCCAUCGCCCGCGCUGAUCUCGGCAAGGAAGGCCUCCAGCUCAGCUUCCAGCCCGCCUUCCGGCAUACAGACCGAACCAAGCCCCUCAUUGCGUUCUACGUGGCCAAGGAGCGAACACCGCGACAACAGGCAACACACGGCGACGACGUCACGCUGACAGUCGCGUCGGGGUCAAAAAUCGUGCCAGUAGCCGGCGCCAUCGCCGGCAAGAUUCGCGAAAACCUGAAGAUCUCCCUGAUGGCCAUUGGCGUCGACGCCGUCACGAAUGCCGUACUAGCCGUUGGCAACGCACGGCUGUUUCUUGAGCAGGACAAUUACGACAUACGCGUGGAGCCGGAGUUUGAAAAGGUCGAGAAGAACGGCCAACUCAUGACAUCAAUAAAGCUUUCGCUUAUUGCCGAGGCGUUGUAG